AUGUCUAUAGACGAAUCUGCUGAAGCUAGAAUCUUGAAUUUUUGGAAAUUCAUUAUUUUGUCGUUGGCUUUGGUGGCCGGAGUUAUGGCUGAUGUUUCCGAAUUGGGUUAUGAUUACAAUGGACCAUCUGUAAGUGGUGGUGCUGGCGGUUUUGCUGCUGGUGGUAGUUUUGGCGGUAGUGCUGGAUUUGGUGGUGCUGUGGGAGGUGGUAGCUUUGCUGCUUCUGCACCAGCCACCAGUUACAUUCCACCUGCUGCAUCUGCUCCUGCCCCUGUCCAAACUUAUGUUGCACCAGCUGCCCCAGUGAACACCUAUAUUCCACCAGCUGCAUCUGCUCCCGCUCCAGUACAAAGCUAUGUUGCCCCAGCUGCUCCCGUCAACACUUAUAUCCCUCCAUCAUCUGCUGCUUCCGUACCUGAACCUGUAUACUCCGCCCCUGCUCCUGCUCCAGUCUACAGUGCCCCAGCUCCUUCUUACAGCGCUCCUGCUCCCGUCUACAGUGCCCCUGCUCCUUCCUAUAGCGCUCCUGCUCCCGUCUACAGUGCCCCCGCUCCUACUUACACCCAAAGCUACUCUGCUUCCGCAUCUGUCCCCUCAAACAGCUAUUUGGCCCCUGCUGCCUCCGCUCCUAUCGCCUCUGCCUCUUUCGGCAAUGAUGGCUACCGUUACAAAACUGUUCGUCGUCGUGUUAUCCGCAAACGUUUGUAA